GUGGGACGGAAGUCACGCAGGGCCACGUCUGCGGGUUCCGAUAGCUUCAGUUAGGUUGGAGGCGCCACGGCGGGGGAGCGGCUCGGUUAGGUGGAGGUGAGGGGGAGUCUCCAGCCAGAGACAUGGAUUUAGAUGCUAUUACAGAAUACUCCGCAUUACAUCCCAAGCCCAGUGGACUCAUUCUUCAAUAUGGGACUGCUGGCUUUCGAACGAAAGCAGAACAUCUCGAUCAUGUCAUGUUUCGCAUGGGAUUAUUAGCUGUCCUGAGGUCAAAACAGACAAAAUCUACAAUAGGAGUCAUGGUAACAGCAUCACAUAAUCCUGAGGAAGACAAUGGGGUAAAAUUGGUUGAUCCUUUGGGUGAAAUGUUGGCACCAUCCUGGGAGGAACAUGCUACCUGUUUGGCAAAUGCUGAGGAACAAGAUAUGCCGAGAGUGUUGAUGGACAUCAGUGUGAAAGCAGCUGUGAAUCUGCAACAAGAUGCCUUCAUAGUGAUUGGUAGAGAUACCAGGCCCACCAGUGAGAAACUCUCACAGUCUGUAAUAGAUGGUGUAACUGUUUUAGAAGGUCAAUUUCAUGAUUACGGCUUGGUAACAACGCCCCAGCUGCACUACAUGGUAUACUGUCGAAAUACCAGUGGCCAAUAUGGAGAGGCAACCCUAGAAGGUUACUACCAGAAACUCUCUAAGGCCUUUAUGGAACUUACCAAACAGACUUUGUGCAGCGAAGAUGAAUAUAGAUCACUUAAGGUUGACUGUGCAAAUGGCAUAGGGGCCCUCAAGCUGAAAGAAAUGGAACACUACGUUUCCCAGGGACUGUCAGUUCAGCUCUUCAAUGACGGCACCAAAGGGAAACUCAACCAUUUAUGUGGGGCUGACUUUGUGAAAAGUCAUCAGAAACCUCCACAGGGAAUGGAAAUGAAGUCUAAUGAAAAAUGCUGUUCCUUUGAUGGAGAUGCAGACAGAAUCGUUUAUCACUACCUCGAUGUAGAUGGUCACUUUCAUCUCAUAGAUGGAGACAAGAUAGCAACACUGAUUAGCAGUUUCCUUAAAGAGCUCUUGUUGGAGAUUGGAGAAAGUUUGAAUAUUGGUGUUGUACAAACUGCGUAUGCAAAUGGAAGUUCAACACGGUAUCUUGAAGAAGUUAUGAAGGUACCUGUCUAUUGUACUAAAACUGGUGUAAAACAUUUACAUCACAAGGCUCAAGAGUUUGACAUUGGAGUUUAUUUUGAAGCAAAUGGGCAUGGCACAGUACUGUUUAGUAAAGCUGCCGAAACAAAGAUAAGACAACUCACAAAAGAACUGGAAGAUGAGAAAAGGAAAGCUGCUGCUAAGAUGCUCGAAAACGUUAUUGACUUGUUCAACCAGGCAGCUGGUGAUGCUAUUUCUGAUAUGCUGGUGAUUGAGGCGAUCUUGACGCUGAAGGACUUGACUAUACAACAGUGGGAUGCUCUUUAUAUGGAUCUUCCAAACAGACAGCUCAAAGUUAAGGUUGCAGACAGGCAAGUUAUUAGCACCACUGAUGCUGAAAGACAAGUAGUUACACCUCCAGGACUACAGGAGGCAAUCAAUGACCUGGUGAAGAAAUACAAGCUUUCCCGAGCUUUUGUCCGGCCUUCUGGUACGGAAGAUGUAGUCCGAGUAUAUGCAGAAGCAGACUCGCAGGUAAGCUGGGAUGGUUCUAUUGAAAGAAUAUGCGGUGAGAGUCUGAUACCAUGGGUAGUGGGGGUCGUAGUAGGAGAGAAAAGAAAACUAUUUCAAUAGUGUUGCAGUCUCACUGUGAUAAUUGUUUAUGGAGAUUUUUAGGUUCAUAUUAAGACUGUAAGAGUACUUUCAUCAGUCGUUGAACAAAAUUAGACCAACUUAGUUUAUUUCCCCAAAUAUUUUUCUUUUUAUUCCAGACUUCCUAUUUCUAACCAUGGCAUGAAUAAUCAGUAGAUACUUUGCCACGCAUUAGUCUUCUGUGGCCUGAAGUGGAUGAUCCUUUUUUUAAAAACUCCUUUAAAAACAUAAUCCUGUUGCUUUAUGAAAACAACAGGCUUUGAGGUACAUGUCUAAGUUAACUGGUACCAUCAUCCAGGUUGAUGGAAAUUCAUCUUUGUCUCUGGACUUUUGAUUUGUUUUUCAAAAUAAUUUCCUUUAAACAGCCUUGCUCUGUGCCUCUGCUCUUUUCCUAACAGGGUCAAGACUUCACGGUCUCGAUUUUUUAAACUUUGCCCUCUUCACACACUCUUUUACUCUUAAACCCUUGAUCAGUGUUUGCACAGCUAAGGCAGUCUAGAGUGGGUUGAAUAGGCACUCAGAAGGAGGCCCUUAUAAGGGAGCUGGCAGCUUUUUGGCAGAAGCUUAGGCCAUCCUAGAAUAUAGUGAAUAGAAAUUGCUGGUGGAUGGGGAGAGGCCAUCUGGGACUUUAAUGGUUACUUACACUUAGGCCAAUUGUGGCCGUACUUUUAAGGACUAGGUUUUAUUGAAUUUAUUCAGAAUUUUGGAAUAACUAAUUUUACAAUUUGAUUUGAUUAACCAAGAACUCACCGGACUUGGAAGAAUUUGAGUUUUCCAUUUAUUUAAGAAUCUUGGAAUUUGUUACUGAAAGGUGAAAAAAAAAAUUUUCAUUUGAGUAUGCUAGUGAGACAAAAAGUUCUCUUCCCUUCCCUCAGAGUUGUAAGUUACCUGAUAGAUGCUGUCUUUCUCCUCUAAUCUCC